GGAAUCACCUCGUGAUUGGCUGAAUCACGCAUCCGUUUGAAAUACACAAAGCUGAACCAGGAACUACAGAGAGGAUUCUUCCCGUCUUUAAAUUGGUGAAUGAAGGAUGGGGAAAAAGGAUGCAAGUUCUGUCAAGCAGCCGGUCGACCAGUACCGUAAACAGAUCGGAAAACAGGAUUACAAGAAAAACAAGCCGGCGCUGCGAGCCACUCGGCUGAAGGCAGAGGCGAAGAAGAGUGCUCCGGGAAUCAGGGACAUCAUAUUGGUCAUUGUGGCUGUUCUGGUCUUCCUGUUAGGCAUCUAUGCAUUCUUCUACCUCAACCUGAGCACUGAGCUGGAUCUGGAUCUGGACAUGGACUGAAGAACUUUUCUCAGAUAUGACAUCUCAGGCUGGACACAUGAGCCAUUCAUGAAGUGCCAUAGUAUUACUCAUUUCCUUUCAAUGUCCUCUUCUAUGCCUUUUAAACCAGCAUACACUGCGUGAAAGGAACGAAGUUGAGUCUUAAAGUGUGCAGAAGCAUCACAGACCCCCCCCCCAGUUUUUAUCCUUGAUAAUUUUUUUGGCUUAUUAAUAAAGCUCCACAUGCCCCACAGCUUUGAGAUUAGAAGAACCAACUUGUUUCUUUUGGAUCUUUCAGUUGUAAAGGAAUAGUUCAUCCAGAUAUCAAAUUUCUGUAAUCUUUAACUCCUCUCUCAUGUCUUUCAAAAAUGCAUUCGGUUUUCUUCAUGAAACACAAAAGGAGUUAUUUAUAGUAGAAUUUCCAAGCUGUUGUUCUUAUACAAUCAAAUGCAAGGUUUUCACUGAAUAACAACUUAAAUCUCUGUGAAUUUUACACAAAGCUAUGGCUUCAGGAGACUUGGAAUAUACUUUUAUGAUACUUCACACAUAUAAUUAGAGUGGAUAAGAUUUAAUGCGUAUUUGGCGUGCUGUCUCCAGAGUUCCCCUUAUCUAAGUGUUUAGGACUGGAAGGGAUGCUGCUAAACUAUCAAUGGAGUGAGUGAAGAUUGCUGAAUCUAUAUAUACCUUAUGACUCUUAUCAUUGAUUGCUGAGUUCUCCACUCCACUCGUGUUAAUUAACUGAAUAUGCUACCGAACUUUAAUAAAACAUAGGAGUUUAACAAC